UGUCACCUUUCUCUCUCUCUCUCUCUCUGUGUCAUCACAGCCAACAACUAUUGGAGUCUCUCCGACUUCUUGACGAAGAAGACCACAAGUCCUCCUCCCUCUUUCUUGUCAUAUCUCAACCCGGAGAACCGCAAGAUCGCUCACUGCGCAUCACCAUGGGCUUCAGCUCCAAAGCCAUGGCAGCCUCGUCUGAUCCCCUUGGCGUCCUCCAAAUCCUUUGGGAGUCGCUUCACCUCCCCAUCAAGUCUGGUCAACUCUUCUUUCCCAUCCUCCUCCUCUCCCUCCUCUCCUCCUCCCUCCUCUUCUUCUGCUACUUCUCCAUCGCACCCAUCCCCCUUGACUUGGUUUCCAAGAUCUCAAUCCUCCUUGAGGAAACAAACCACCGUCCUCCCGACCUCCUCCUCGACAUAGAGAGAGACCUCAGGGAUUUUGCUGGGCUAGCAACUUCGAUCACGCUUUUCUUCUUCUUCUCCUCCUUGUUCCUUGUCCUGGCCACUCUCUACACCUUUGCUAUGGCUUACAGUAACAGGAACAUAACGCCUAAAGAUCUCCUCCUCCGGAUCGCUCGCCGUUGGUACCAGACCAUGAUCACCAGGCUCUACGUAGUCCUCCUCACCGCCGGCCUCGGGCUCCUGUCUUCGCUUGGCGUUGGCACCGCAAAAUUGGUCUCCGAUGGUUCCAGCGCUGCCUUCAGCUUUGGCCUGAGCCUAGCAGGCCUCUUGCUUCUUCUGUAUCUUUACCUGUUGACCCGGUGGUCGAUGAGUCUGGUGAUCGCUGCGGUGGAGGAGACGUGGGGGAUCGGCGCACUCUCGUGGUCGGUAGAGCUCUACAUAGGCAAUAAGAAGCGAGGGAUUGUUCUCACCCUCAUGCUGUUGGCCAUCAAGGUGGCGAUCUACGGAGCAUUCGCGGCUGUCAUGAUGGCAUCGGGGCCGCCUCAGCCGACGGAGGCACCGAUGGCGAUCGUAUACAUCGUCGCAGCGGCAGAUGCCCUGUGGGACCUGUAUUCAAUGGCUGUGUACACAGUGUUCUACUAUGAGUGCAGGAAGAGCCAUGGCUUGGAGUAUACUGGCUUGCAUGCUGCUUUGGUGAGAGUCAAUGCAGUAGUAGUACAUUGAGAUGGAAUCUACUAAAAGGAGUUGGUGUGUGUGUUCAUCGCUCCUUUUGUUCUCUUGUUAUAGCUCAUUUUAUAUUCUCAAUAUGUCAAAUAAAUAAUUGUUUGAGUAUC